AUCAAUCAGUCAAGAUGUAUUGCAAGAUGCAGAACAAGGAAGUCAAGAAGGAGUCUCUACAUAAUCCCUCCCAGAAUCCAGGGAAAUCUCUAACAAAAUCCCCCACCGCGGCAUAUGCAAUGUUCAUGCACCGCGAAGAGUUGAGGAGGAGAAAAAUCCAAGUUUCCCGUGUUUCUGUCACCAAAAUCCAUCUGACUAGCGAGCUAAUCGCUCGGACUAAACAGAAUAUCCUGCAGUGCAGCUCCGAGGAUCUAGAGAUUCUGGCAAGGGAGACGCUCUUCAAGAAGAAUCUUCAAAGGCAUUUGUACUAUCGACGCAUGCAGAUCCAUCAAUGGAUGAUGACCAGGAAGAAGCAGCAAUCAAAGGAUAAGAAAUGAUUGAAUAUAUAGUA